CAGGCGGCCGCUGCAGUCCCAGGCACGACUUGGGUGUCUUUUAUGAAUAAUCAAAAGCAGCAAAAGCCAACGCUAUCAGGCCAGCGUUUUAAAACCAGAAAAAGAGAUGAAAAAGAGAGGUUUGACCCUACUCAGUUUCAAGACUGUAUUAUUCAAGGCUUAACUGAAACUGGUACUGAUUUGGAAGCAGUAGCAAAGUUUCUUGAUGCUUCUGGAGCAAAACUUGAUUACCGCCGAUAUGCAGAAACACUCUUUGACAUUCUGGUGGCCGGCGGAAUGCUGGCCCCAGGUGGUACACUGGCAGAUGACAUGAUGCGUACAGAUGUCUGUGUGUUCGCAGCACAAGAAGACCUAGAGACCAUGCAAGCAUUUGCUCAGGUUUUUAACAAGUUAAUCAGGCGCUACAAAUACCUGGAGAAAGGUUUUGAAGAUGAAGUAAAAAAGCUGCUGCUGUUCUUAAAGGGUUUUUCAGAGUCGGAGAGGAACAAGCUGGCUAUGUUGACUGGUGUUCUUCUGGCUAAUGGAACACUUAAUGCAUCCAUUCUUAAUAGCCUUUAUAAUGAGAAUUUGGUUAAAGAAGGGGUUUCAGCAGCUUUUGCUGUAAAGCUCUUUAAAUCAUGGAUAAAUGAAAAAGAUAUCAAUGCAGUAGCUGCAAGUCUUCGGAAAGUCAGCAUGGAUAACAGACUGAUGGAACUUUUUCCUGCCAAUAAACAAAGCGUUGAACACUUCACUAAGUAUUUUACUGAGGCAGGCUUGAAAGAACUCUCAGAGUAUGUUCGAAAUCAGCAAACCAUAGGAGCUCGAAAGGAACUCCAGAAAGAACUUCAAGAACAGAUGUCCCGUGGUGAUCCAUUUAAGGAUAUAAUUUUGUAUGUCAAGGAGGAGAUGAAAAAAAACAACAUCCCAGAACCCGUUGUCAUUGGGAUAGUCUGGUCCAGCGUAAUGAGCACCGUGGAAUGGAACAAAAAGGAAGAGCUUGUAGCAGAGCAGGCCAUCAAGCACUUGAAGCAAUACAGCCCUCUACUUGCUGCCUUUACUACUCAAGGUCAGUCUGAGCUGACUCUGUUACUGAAGAUUCAGGAGUAUUGCUAUGACAACAUUCAUUUCAUGAAAGCCUUCCAGAAAAUCGUGGUGCUUUUUUAUAAAGCUGAAGUCCUGAGUGAAGAGCCCAUUUUGAAGUGGUAUAAAGAUGCACAUGUUGCAAAGGGAAAAAGUGUCUUCCUUGAGCAAAUGAAAAAGUUUGUAGAGUGGCUCAAAAAUGCUGAAGAAGAAUCUGAGUCUGAAGCUGAAGAAGUUAGGAGUAAUGGACCCCGGCAUGGCAAACAGUUGAAGAACGGAGAAAACUGGAUAGCUGACCUUCCAGAUAGUUGUUGGCACUCAGAACCACCUCAAGUACAGCCAUCCAAACCAGUAAUUACAUUGCUGCAUUAUUUCUGUGUUAACUGUGAAAUCUGCUGCUUGUCUGUACCCUUGAAAUGGAAUAAAAUUUCAUGAGACUCCUUG